GGUCCGCCGCUCCUCUCGUCCGCACCAUCGUUCCGAUUCUUACCUCCUCUCCUCGCCGCCUCCAAUUUCUAGACCACUGGAAAACAAAAUUUAGACCACCCAAACCCGAAAGGCUCCCUUCCUCCCCUCCUCCAUCACCGGCGCGAGAGCGAGAGGCCGCGACGAUGCUGCUCGUGAGCCAGGCCGCGAACGGCUCCCUCUCCGCGCGGCGGCUGCCCUCCAAGCCGCCGGGGCCCACCAACCCCAACCCCUACCCUCUCUUCGCCAACCCCCGCCUACCGCGCCGCCGCCUCGCGCUCUCCGGCGCCGGCUCCGACGCACCCCGCCGCGCCGUGACGAUACCCGCCUCCGCGGGUGAGGGCCCCUCCGGUUCCCCCGCCGCCGCCGAGGACCCCGUCCUCAUCCGCGUCACCAACGACGGGGUGCCCCUGGAGGGCGUCAUCCAGAUAGAGAAGCCCGGGGACGGAAACGGGGAGUCCAAGCUCGUCUCCUACGCGAAGCUGGGGCUUCUGGCCGGCGGGGAUGUGCUCUGCCUGCUGGUGUUCUCCGCGAUAGGGAGGUUCAACCAUGGCCUGCCCAUUCUCGAUGCGGAGACGUUCAAGACGGCCGACCCGUUCAUUGCUGGGUGGCUGCUGAGUGCCUACCUCCUUGGUGGAUUUGGAGAUGAUGCAAAAGGGCGAAAUGGUGUGGGGAAUGCUGUUAUCACUGCCGCCAAAUCCUGGGUUGUCGGGAUACCGCUGGGGCUUGCUAUCCGAGCAGUGGCAUCUGGUCAUAUUCCACCAACUCCUUUUAUCUUGGUUACCAUGGGAAGUACAGGGGUCUUGUUAACUGCAUGGCGUGCCCUGGUUUCUCAACUCCUUUCCACUGGACAGAAGCAGCAGGAUGAUGUCUACCGGCGUGGAAGUCCUUUCGAGCUUUUUGAGUUACUCACAUCACUGGUGCGGAGGUGGUGAUGUCUGAGGCUGAAGCCAUAAAAGGCCAUGAUUACCGCCCAUCACCACGUUCAACUACCUGUGUGUAAGUACAAUUUUGAAGGUGAAGAGGGUCAAAUUCUUUGGAAAGAUCGCACGCUCAACUUAGUGCUAAGUAUCUUAUUCAUAAGAUGUACCUGAUCAACCACUUGUAAAAUUAUAUAUGUAGCUUGACUUCUAAUCAAUAAACUUUGCCUCUUGUUCCGGUA